UCUCUCCCUCCACAUUCCAACCUCUCUCUCACCUUUCCCAUUCAUAUCUCCUGUCAGCUUGCAGAAUAGUUAUCGAGAAGGAUCGCAUAUAUUCUGUGUUAUCACACAAGACCGCCGAUCUUUCUGGUAUAACCAAAUUGUCGUUCAAAAUACGAGGAAGUUACCGUUUCAGGUGUCUUUUAGUUAUCUGGUCCACAAGCAAGAUGUAUGUCUUAGAAGGGUUCUGCGUUAAUCCUUUGAAACGUGUUACCAUAUCAGUGUAUAAUUUGGCGGGCCUACAUGGCGGUUCUGUUCCUGAAUCUACAACACAAUUUUCUGGUCACAUCGAUCUUCACCGUGAUCAUUCAGAGUUUGAUUCGUUUUGGAUCGAACAAACCGACAGCCAUUUCCAGCUCGGACUUGACGGGGAAUCUACUCCAUUUUUGAAGACCCAAUGGAACAGGAAAGGGAGCUGGUCUCAGUUGGGCGUGGGCGGACCUCGCGGUACAGAAUGGAUCAUAGAUCAUCCUUGCCACCGAUAAUUCAGAUUAUCAGAAAUUCACUCAGAAAUGAGCAUACAUGUGUAACAUUAUAAGCAUCAUUAUCAUCGUCAUCAUCAACAUUACCGUCAUCAUCAAACUAAUGAUGAUGGU